ACGAUAAGCAGCAGCAGUAACAUGAGCCCAGAAUUGAGAAUUGUCACCGAAUCAAAGCUCUCCCAAAUUUCUAAAACUCACCGACCCAUGUCCCUAAUCACCCGAGCCACCGCCAAUCGCCUGCCCCACCUCCUCUUCGCACAGCGGGCUCUUUCUUCCUCCUCCGCCACCCCAACCACUUAUGUUCGCCCUUCUCCUCCUCCUUCUGCCUCCGGUCCUCCCCCCGGCAUCUCCAAGACCGCCGAAUACGUGAUCUCCAAGGUCGAUGACCUCUUGAACUGGGCCCGUCGUGGUUCCAUCUGGCCCAUGACCUUCGGCCUUGCUUGCUGCGCUGUUGAAAUGAUGCACACCGGCGCUUCUCGCUAUGAUUUCGAUCGCUUUGGUGUCAUUUUCAGGCCUAGUCCUCGCCAAUCCGAUUGCAUGAUCGUUGCUGGCACUCUCACUAAUAAAAUGGCCCCUGCUCUCCGCAAGGUUUACGACCAAAUGCCAGAGCCCAGGUGGGUUAUUUCUAUGGGAAGUUGUGCAAACGGUGGAGGAUACUACCACUACUCGUACUCCGUUGUUAGAGGUUGCGACAGAAUUGUCCCUGUUGACAUCUAUGUCCCUGGUUGCCCACCCACUGCCGAGGCAUUACUGUACGGAGUUCUUCAAUUGCAGAAAAAGAUCAACCGCCGCAAGGAUUUCCUCCAUUGGUGGUCCAAAUAAAGUAUCAGAAGUUGCUUCUGGGCUACUUUUUUGGACCCCACUGUUAAGAACAAAUAAACUAGUUCUCUGCUGAAAUGAAAUGUAGAUGGAGAUGAUUGUUAAGCUGGUUUUAAAUAUAAUGUCCGCUUGAGUUUUCCACAAA